GCCUACAAAUAGUGAAACUAACAUGAUGAUUAUUCUGCUUAUUAUUACGGCUGUUGUAAUAAUAACCAUGAUUGCUCAGUUUUAUUGGUCCAAAAGACAUAUUUACAGAGCUGUAGCUAAUAUGGAAGGACCGAAAGGUUUGCCAAUUAUUGGAAAUGCCCUUGAAUUUUUUUGCGCCACUGAAGAUAUUCAUGACAGGUUAAAAAUUAUAUUUGCUAACGUACGACAAAAUCCAAUGAGGAUAUGGUUAGGUACUCAUCUAUUAAUCGCAUUGAAAAACCCUGUCCACUUGGAGAAGAUAAUGUCGUCUCAAAAAUUUUCUUACAAACAUGAACUGUACAAAUUUUUGGAAUCACUGAGUGGUGAUGGCUUGGUCGCUGCUUCCGGAUUGAAUCCAAAAUAUAGAGUCCAUAGGAGAAUUAUUCAACCCAUGAUUGAUAUAAAAUUUGUAAAAAGUGUUCUUCAUAUUUUGAACGAACAAUCACAAAAUUGUAUGACGAAAAUGGAGAAGUUUAUUGAUGGUGAUAAUUUUGAUGUCGUUAAAGUGAUCGGGCCCUGUUCUGUGGUGAUAAUGUGUGAAAUUCUAUUGGGUCGAAAACUUGACAUGGAAUCUGCCAAUCACAAACAUAUUUGCCAUUCAAUACCGAGAUUAUUGCAUAUUGGAAUUACUAGAAUGUUAAAAAUAUGGUUGCAUCCAGAUUUCAUAUAUAAUUGGCAUCCGUUGAAAAAGGAACAGGAUAAAACUUUGGAAACGUUACAUAAGUUUAUAAACGAGGCCAUUAUCGAUUCGUAUAACAGAAGAAAAAUGAAGGAAACGGAAAAACAGUUCGUACCCGUAAUCGAUAGUAUGACAGAAUUCGUUGAUAACUAUCCGGAUAUGCUCAAUGCCGAAGAUCUACGGAUCCAGUUACUUACUUUAUUGUCUGCGUCGGAAGAUACAUUUUCAAUUAUAACAUCGUUUUCAAUAAUUUGUUUCGGAAUGUAUCCGGAAUACCAGACGAAAGCAGCUGAAGAAAUUCAAAAAUUAAUUGGCGAAGAGUCACGUGAUAUCACUUUAGAAGAUAUUUACGGUUUAGUAUAUUUGGAUAUGUGUGUCAAAGAUAUUAUGAGACUUUUUCCGAUAGCCCCAGUGAUUUUAAGAAAGAAUUUUGAGGAUUAUCAUUUAGAUAAAUGGAUUAUACCAGAAGGAGCUGCCAUCGCUAUUCCCAUAUAUUUUUUACAUAGGGACCCAAUGUAUUGGGCGAAUCCGGAACAUUUCCAUCCCGAUCAUUUUUUACCAGAGUUCGUACAGAAAAGACACCCAUAUACAUAUUUACCUUUCAGUGCAGGGCCAAGGGGGUGUAUUGCUAAAACUAUGGCUAACAUACAAAUAAAGUUAUUUUUGGUAAAAUUUUUGCAAUUAUACGAGGUGGAAGCGAAUGGUAAGGUUCCCGAUUUGAAAUUACGUACUGACAUAUCGGUACGACCUAAAAAUGGUUAUAACUGCAAAAUAAAGCGGCGAUUAUGGAAAAGUAAAUAAUAAGCAACUUUAAAAUUUAUAAUAUAUUGAAAUGUUGCAUAAAUAAUAAAAAUAUAUUUUAUA